AUGCCUGAACACGAAGACGAUCUCACUGCCACCAAGACCGAGGGCUUCAAGGUCGGCGAGAAGAAGACCAUCAACGAAUAUGCUGAGCUUGAUAAGGAUGACGAGGCCUUGAACCGGUGGAAGGCCUCGCUCGGCCUCAACUCCGGCACCCCAAUUGGCGACCCCAGCGACCCCCGCAAGUGCAUCAUCAAGUCCCUGGCCCUGGAGGUCGAGGGCCGGUCCGACGUGGUGAUCGACUUGUCCGCCCCCGGCGCGCUGGAGGGGCUCAAGGACCAGCCGUUCAAGAUCAAGGAGGGCUCCACCUUCCACAUCAAGGUCGUCUUCCAGGUGCACCACGAGGUGCUCAGCGGCCUCAAGUACCUGCAGGUCGUCAAGCGCAAGGGUGUCCGGGUCAGCAAGGAUGAGGAGAUGCUGGGAAGCUACGCCCCCAACACCACCGACAAGCAGUUCUACGAGAAAAAGUUCGCCGCCGAAGAAGCCCCCUCGGGAAUGCUGUACCGUGGCCACUACAACGCCAUCUCCAAGUUCAUCGACGACGACGACCACACUCACCUCCAGUUCGAGUGGUCAUUUGACAUCGCCAAGGACUGGUAG